GUUUUCACCAUAGUAGCACAUGUACUGUUAUGUCUGCAUGUUAAAUCGCACAGACCUAAAGCAGUGCUCAGUGGACCAUCUGCAGCUGUGAAAACUGGACCCAAGUCGAACAUUUGUACAGCUGUGUCCGUCCUCCUGGGCUUGUCUACAUAAAAAGAGGAGGGGUGAGAGAGACUUGAGGCUGAGUGAACUGCAGCUGAAGUCAGUGUGGGCCACGGGACCUCCACCUCCACAUCUGGGACACAUGUAACACAGCUGGACUUUGGGAUAUGAGCAUUCACAGCAUCACUCCGCUAUACUGGGACAAUUUCUAUGGCCUGGAUGUGCUUGUUAGGAGAUUUAAUGAGGAGUACUAAGAGUUCCACUUGUAUCUGAUGAUUAGGUAAUUUCUAAGAAGACAAUUUGGAUCUUACUCAAACCGAGAGGGGAAAAUGAAGACUUUAGAUUUUAUUUGCUUGGAGUUACUUGUCUUAUCCAGCCUACUAUUAGUGAUUAAUGGACAGCAGCAGCAGGAGCAGCCCCUCUCAAUCACCCAGAGGCCCGGGCUGGUGGAGAGAGAGGUGCAGGGUCCCAUUAGACCCAAUAUGACCAUGCCAAGACGACGCAUGCCACCAAUGUGCACAGGACCAACUGAAAUCAGAGACACAUUUAAGUACAUUAAUACAGUGGUUUCCUGUUUGGUGUUUGUGGUUGGAAUCAUUGGAAACUCCACUCUCCUGAGGAUCAUCUAUAAGAACAAAUGCAUGAGGAAUGGGCCUAAUAUACUCAUCGCGAGCUUGGCACUGGGAGACUUGCUGCAUAUAAUUAUUGGCAUACCUAUCAAUGUCUACAAGCUGCUGGCAGAGGACUGGCCGUUUGGUGUGACUCUGUGUAAACUGGUGCCAUUUGUGCAGAAGGCUUCAGUGGGAAUUACAGUCCUCAGUCUCUGUGCUUUGAGCAUUGAUAGAUACCGAGCUGUGGCCUCAUGGAGUCGUAUUAAAGGUAUUGGAGUGCCAAAGUGGAUGGCCAUCGAGAUCGCACUCAUCUGGAUCCUUUCCAUCAUCCUGGCCGUUCCCGAGGCCAUCGGCUUCGAUAUGAUCACCAUGGACUACAAGGGCGAGCACCUCCGCAUCUGCCUACUCCACCCCAUGCAGAAAACAGAGCUCAUGAGGUUUUAUAAGUCUGCAAAAGAUUGGUGGUUGUUCGGGGCAUAUUUCUGCCUCCCUUUGGUCUGCACUGCCAUUUUCUACACUUUGAUGACCUGUGAGAUGCUCAGAAAGAAGAACGGAGUCCAGAUUGCGCUGAGUGAUCAUCUGAAACAGCGAAGGGAAGUGGCCAAAACUGUGUUUUGCCUGGUCCUUGUCUUUGCUCUCUGCUGGCUGCCUCUCCAUUUGAGCCGUAUCCUCAAACUCACCAUUUAUGACGAGAAAGACCCAAAUCGCUGUGAACUUCUAAGUUUCUUUCUUGUUUUGGACUACAUUGGAAUCAACAUGGCAUCAGUAAACUCUUGCAUCAACCCAAUUGCUCUGUAUAUGGUCAGCAAGCGUUUCAAGAACUGCUUCAGGUCUUGUCUCUGUUGCUGGUGUCUCCCGGCUGAGUUGCUGAUGGAUGAGAAACAGUCGUGUAUGAAGAUGAAAGUGUCUGAUCGACCUUCGGACCAAAGCAACUCCAGACUGACCAACAAGUCCUCCACUAUGGCCUGAGAAGGCGGGGCUAAGAAAUGGAGCUGAUAACACAAGGAAGACGAAUGGGGUGCUGUUUCUCAUCCAAUUACCUCGACAUGACUUUGGAAAAGACAGAGAAAUGUGACUCUUAAAUCAACAAUAUGCUGCAUUCUGCUUUUUGUAUAGGCGUGGAUUAUAUAGGAGGGAGUUUUUUUUUUUUGGUAAAGUUGACUCAUUGGGCUUGCAAGCCUGAAUUGUGAAUGUUAGUUAUAUAUGUAAUGUGAUAAAAGGUGGAGUGUGGUCCUGGAGAAGUAACUGUGACUUGGAGCAGAAAUGACCGAACGUGACAGUAAAAUAUGUAAAUAACAUUUUAUCAGGGUUAUAGUUUUUUAUUCCACAAAAUGUAGCUCAUAGCCUACCAGGCAUAGCAAUUUCAUCAAAAUUCUGUUGGGACAAGAAUUAAUUAUGAACAUCACCUGCCCCUAAUGGAUGCCACAAAGAGAUGAUAUGAACUGUUCUCUAAACCUACAGGUGGUUACUGCAUGACAUUAGUAGGGUAUAAAUGCUCUAAAUUAUUUAAAUAAGUGAACCUGGAUCAUUAGUGCCUUAACCUGCAUACCAGGGACACACAAGUUUUUCCCUUUUUUCAGUAUAUGGACAGGUCAUGUCUCAUGUAAAAGCUGAAAAUCUCCAGAAUUCACUCACUGAUAUGCAGAGGCUGCACUAGCAAGGAUGAAUGAUUGGGCCAUGAAUGAUUGGAUAAUUGAAUGGGUUUAAGUAGUGAGGAUUGAGAUUGGAGAGUCCUUUUAGGUUUAGACCAACUGGUUUUAGUCACAGGAACUGGCAACCAAAGUGAGAGACUCAUGUGAGGCUCAUUCUGCUUUCUCAUUGGAUAAUUUUCUUAAGAACGAAAACACAAAAUGAAAGAAUAAACAACAACUUGGCCGUCAUUGCCAGUGUUUUUGUAAAUAAGAAUAAAAUCAACAUUCCACUUAUCAGUAAAAGCAAUAUUUGAUUUGAAAAUGUCUUGUAUCCGAUAACACAGAUCAGGUCAUGUUUUUGAAUUUUUUAUACAAAUUCUACAUACCCUCCUUUUAAUAAUAAUUUUAAUGCAUUUUUAUCACAACAACAAAAAAUCCAUGAUAUACAAUUCUGAGCUGUCACAAUGGAUGUUACAAUAACACACUGGCAGAUGAAAGUAGAGAAGAUACUACUAAAUCAGCAGGAUUCGACAAUGAGACUCCAAAGCACUUUGCAUACUCUCCUGUUAUACACUUUUUCAAUUGUGAAGAAAUGUUGUAUAUGUUUGCCACUAGUUAUCAUUGAAUUACUACUGAUGUUACAGAAACUCUGUGAAGCUGUGUAUUAUAGGGAUUUAUUGUACAUUUAUUAUCAUUCUUACUAUUUGUAUGUUUAUAGGCCCAACUGUAUACUAUAUACUUUUGUUGGUACACUAUUUUUUCCAAUAAAUGUUAACUGUCAU